GAUUAAACUACUACAGCUCCAAAUUUGGAUGGAUAGUGUAGAAAAAGGAGGGUCUGCAAACCGGUGCUUUUGUGUUUAUUGCUCCGGUAGAUGUCCAGAUGUGUGCACAUAAAGCAGCAUUAAAUAUUGGUCAUAAAUAUGCCAUCUGGUUCAUUGUUGUGCUACGAAGACUUGCAUGCAGGCGGAUACAAGUAGGUCCAUACACAGCUGGGCUUUCUUGGUGGCAUUAGGAUGGUCAUCGCAAUUAUAUUGUUUUAAGAGAGGAGAGAGCGAGAGGGAGGAAGCUGGAGAGCUAGAGAGCAAACACGACCUGGAGACGAAGAGACAUCUCAACAGGGAGGGUUGGAGUGGAAGGGAGCGGUGAGCAGUGCGUAUCACAGUGAGCAACACAGAGGAAGAAGAGAGAGUGCGUUAGCUAGCUAGUGAGCAAAGCUUUCUAAUUCCCUCUCGUAAGCGUGCCUCAUUCAGAAAAAAAACCCGGAUACGAUGAAAAGAUAGGUUUCAAUGCAGAUUCUGUAAAAGACACGUCUGGUAGUGGUGGUCACAGUCGAGAUGGGAUCAGACCAAGCGCAAGGUGGAAACAAAGAAGAGUAACGAAGAGAAGUGAGCCAGCUUCCCAGCUGAAAUGUGUUGCCGCGGGAAACGCAAUGUUCCACUCCAGCGUUUAAGACCAAACUAAUCGUCAUUUUGCAAACCUGCAGUCACUGUUUCUGUUAUCUCUUUUGCUUUUUUAAUGUGCUAUUGUCCGUAAAACCCUUUUAACCUUCAAGACUGGGAACCCAGCGUGCCCAGUUAACAAUUCAAGACUCCUCAUUGGAAGGCAGAGCAUGCAACUGCACUGAGACGGAGACGGAGAAGAGAGCAAGAGAGUGAGAGAGAGCGAGGCUCCAGAAGAACGUUCAGCUCUCAGGCUCCACACUUGCCAUGGACUGCCGUGCUCCUCCUGCUGCAGCCCAACCCGCUACUCCACUCUAGUGGGAUCCCCUCCUCCUUGCCGGUGGCAUCCACCCUGCGAGUCAGCGCACAUCUGAUACCAUCCAUAGCCUCUGCUGGGUCCUCCAGCCCCCUCCCCCCACCCUCUCCCUUUCCCCAGAAAGAUGUCAGUAAGCCUGGCAACGGACAUUCAGCAGCAGGGAGAGAGUGGGCCGCUCACCGAGCCCUGUAGCCGAGGCAUGGGCUCCCCCCAACCUCAGGCCACCAUGGAUGGGACCGGGGAGGGCCUGGAGCCCGACGACGGCUCCCUGCACGAUGCACAGAGACGGGCGCCUAACCACAGCCAUAGCAGGAAAAGGCCUAAGUCCAAUGCCAAGCUGAAGCUGGUACGGAGUCUGGCGGUGUGUGAAGAGUCCUCGGGUCCAUUUUCUAGCGAUGGACUUCCAGAAUCGGAUAUCAUUCAGCUGCACAUCAGCUGUCCGUCCGACAAGGAAGAGGAGAAGUCCUCCAAGGAGGAGUAUGAAAACGAAGAGAAGGAUAAAAAGGACAAAACGCCACGCAAAAUGUUGUCCCGCGACUCCAGUCAAGAAUACACAGACUCCACUGGCAUCGAUGUCCAUGAGUUUCUGGUCAACACACUGAAAAACAAUCCCAGGGAUCGAAUGAUGCUGCUCAAACUAGAACAAGAUAUCCUGGAGUUUAUAAAUGAUGACAAUAACCAGUAUAAGAAGUUUCCCCAGAUGACCUCUUACCACCGCAUGCUGCUGCACCGGGUGGCCGCAUACUUUGGCAUGGACCACAAUGUGGACCAGACGGGCAAGGCUGUCAUCAUUAACAAGACGGGCAACACGCGCAUCCCAGAGCAAAGGUUUUCUGAGCACAUUAAGGAUGAGCGCAACAUUGACUUCCAGAAAAAGUUCAUCCUGAAGAGAGAUGACGCUAGUAUGGACAAGGACGAUAAUCAGAUCCGUGUUCCGCUGCAGGACGGGAGGCGCAGUAAGUCCAUCGAGGAGCGUGAGGAGGAGUAUCAGCGGGUACGAGACCGGAUCUUUGCCCGAGAAGUGUCUUUUUCUUUACAGUCCUCUCAAAAUGGCUACAUCAACGACAACAGACUUUCCACUGAGGGCUACUCCUCUCAAAAGAGGAGGCAGAUCUUUAGGGGGAACCGUGAGAGCUCGAGCCGGGCGUCCAGUAGCCGUCAGAGCAGCACGGACAGUGACAUGAAGUGCCUGGAGCCGCGGCCCUGGAGCAGCACCGACUCGGACAGCUCCAACCGCACGCUGCGGCCGCCCGUCACCAAGGCCAGCAGCUUCUCGGGCAUCUCCAUCCUCACCCGCGGAGACAGCCUGGGCAGCAACAAGAGCUCCCAGGGCAGCUGCCGGGGCUCGCGUUCGGGCCUGCCCCUGGUGAGUCCGGACCUGUGUCCCCCAAGCCAAGUUCCCCAGUCCAGCCGCAGCCUGCUCCCCUGCCCGCCACAGCCCCAGCAGCCUCACGCCCAGCCCCCACCACAGACCGCCCUGCUCCCCACCCCACAGCAGCACCCCAUGGGGAACCAUAUGAUGGCCCAGCCAGUGACGUCAAUGCAGCCCUCCCAGUCCGUCUCCUACUCCAGCCCAACCUGUCCCCAGGUCCUCCUGCCCGUCUCUCCUCCCCAGCAGUACACCAUGGGAGAGGAGCUGGCCCCCCAGUUCAGCCAGAUGACCCUGAGUCGGCAGGGCUCCAGCGAGAACCCAGAGGCUCCACCCAUGUAUCAGACGGCCCCGCCCACCGCCGUGCUCGCCCAGCACCCGCCCCCCCAGACCAGCUACAUCAUGGCCACCGCCGGGCCGGCCAUGGCCCCGCCGUCGGGCUACCAGCCCGCCACGGGGCACCCACACCCGCCGCCCCCGCCUCCUCCACCCUCCCAGCCCGUCAUGCAGGCCCCGCCCCCACCGCAGGGCUACAUGCAGCCCCCUCCGCCCCAGCAGAUCCAGGUGUCCUACUACCCUCCCGGUCAGUACCCCGGCACGGGCCAGCAGUACCGCGUACCCCAGCCCAUAGCCCACCAGGUGUCCUACCCUGCGCAGCGAGCACAGCCCAUGCCGCAGCCUGCACAGCAGUCGGGGCUCCAGACCAUGAUGCCCAGCCAGCAGCCUAGCUACCAGGGCAUGAUGGGAGUCCAGCAGCCCCAGAACCCAGGCCUCAUCAACUCCCAGAGGGCCGGCAUGGGGGGACAAAUGCAGAGCAUGAUGGUCCAGUACCAGCAGAUGCCCUCGUAUCAGAUGGAGUCGGGUCUCCCUGCCUGCGUCCAGGUGUCCGUGGGGAAUGAGUCCCAGCAGGUGCAGCAGCAGUACCAGCAGCAGGUCAUGGUGCCCGUCAGCCAGUCUGUCCAGGGGCCCAUGCCUGUCUACUACAGCGUUAUCACCCCUACACAGCAGACCAGCACAAGUCCAUCAGUAGGCUACCUGCAGCCCCCCAGCACGGAGCAGUACCAGAUCACCCAGUCCCCGUCCCCAUGCAACCCACAGCAGAUCCAGCAGCAAUAUUCAGGAGUGCCAGCCCCCGGUCCGGGGGUGAUGGUCAUGCAGCUCAGUGUCCCCAAUGGACCGCAGCCUACCCAGAAUCCUCCUCUGGUCCAGUGGAAUCCGUGCAAGUACUACAGCAUAGAGCAGAGGCCCAGCAAGCCAGGGGAGCUCUACAAGCCUGAGAACCCUCAACAGGCCGGUACUCAGCUGGCCAACAGCCCCCUGGCCUCCCCCACCCAGUCGCCCGCCCCGUCCCCCUCCGGCAGCGUGAACAGUGUGUGCCCUGGCCUGGGACCCCUGCCUCUCAUCUCCCAGUUCUCUCGGCCCGGAGGACCAGCACAAGGGGACGGACGCUAUUCCCUGCUGGGCCAGCCCCUGCAGUACAGCCUCUGUCCCCCUCCGCUCAUGCACGGACAGCCCUCCUACAACUCCCAUCAGGGCCAAGGAGCCAUGAAACACGGAGCGAGAGGGAAGAAACAGACGCUGAAGUCUCAAUCAACAGAUCUUGGCACCACAGAUGUCGUGGUCAGCCGCGUGCUGGAGGUGACCGACCUCCCCGAGGGGAUCUCACGCCCCGAGGCCCAGAAGCUCUUCAACCAGCUCUCGCUGUGCGGCGCUAGGAUCCAGUGGCUUAAGGACCCCCAGGGGGGCCGUGGGGGGGCAGGGGACAACGGCAGCCACCCCCACCACCACCACCACCACCCCCACCCUCACCCCCAGCAGCAGCACCACCACCAUGACCCGGCCCACCUGUACACGGUGGUGGCGGUGUUCCCCAGCACCAUGGCCGCACAGAGCGCUUCCUUCAAACUCAACAACAGCGGCGGCGGCCUCUUCAAGCUGCGCGCCGCCAAAAAGAACUACGACCUCCGCGUUCUGGAGAGGGCCAGCUCCCAGUGAGCAGGAGGAGGAGGAGGAGGAGGAGGAGGAGGAGGAGGAGGAGGAGGGGAGGAGGUGGUGGUCAGGCUUCAGGGGAGGGAAGGUGCACAGAACAGAGAGAGAGAGAGAGAGAGAGAGAGAGAGAGAGAGAGAGAGAGGAAGAACGGAGAGAGAGAUAGAUUGAAAGAGGGAGAAGGACUGAAAGAGAGACAUUCAUGCUGUGGCAUGGGGUUGGGUGGGUGAGGAAGGGGGUCGCUGGGCUGGGCUGGUGGUCUCUGACUCUCUCUGUCUCCUCUGCCACUCAAUGGCCGAUGAAGAUAGAUCUGUAUCCAUUUUGCCAUUGUUGAGAUAUAUAUAAAUAUAUAUAUAGUAUAUAAAGGCGGGGAAAUCGGUGUGAAUAAUGAGGUGGCCGGUGUUUGUUUGCAAAGAUGAUUUGGUUGUUUUUUUUGGUUUUGUUUUUUUUCUGUUCAUUCUUACUUUUUGUUUGAGUAUUUAUAUACCUGAAGAGCACACAAGACACGUGAGCAUGUGUUUCACUGUUGCCGGUGGGGGGUGGGUAUGAAAGAGGGAGGGGGGGCUGGAGAAUAUGUGCUGCCAUUAUACAAAUGCACAGCGUACAGCAUGCAUACAAAUACAAACAUUACUCUUGUCCAAGCACUGGGGGAACCGACAUGGGGAGCGGAUCAAGACCCAUGCGCGCGCACACACACACGCACACACACACACACAGACGAUAACAUUAACACGUGCGUUCACACAGAAAAUGCAGGCAACAGGGUUCCGUAGCACAUCAACAAUAACACGCUGGAAAUCAACCUCACUCCUCUCAAAACACCGUCCCUCUCUCCCUCCUCUCUCUACCCCGACCCCUGCUCUCUAUCUCACACACACACACACACACACACACACACACACACACACACACACACACACACACACACACACACACACACACACACACACACACACCCCACACCCCACACCCCACACCACACACACACACCCAUGCCAAAACCACUCCUGACCUUUUCAACUCUCUUGUCUGUGCUAUCUCUCCUGCUACUCAUUGUGGUGCCCCCCCCUCUCCCUCUUACCGAAAAAAAACCUCCCGACUAAAUCCUAUAAAUCUGUCAUAUUUAUAACAUUUCAUACGCACAGGCUCUCCGUCACACUAUCUCUCUCUCUACCUCUUUCUUCUGCUCUCUUGUUCUUUCUCUUGACUGUAACCUCUUUUUCUCUCUCUCUCUCGCUUUCUGUUUGCCUUACUGCUGUUGUGGGUUUCCGUAGUGCGCUGUUAUUUCUCAGAAGAGUAUUGUUCUUUUUUGGUUCGAUAUAUUUAUAAAAAGUGAUGUAAGGAAUAAAAGAAAUCUAUAUAUUCAGUGAUUAAUUUUCCUCCAGUGGAUGAGUUUUAGGCCUUCUGUAACACCCAUCCUUUCCCCCUCCGACACAUCCUCCUUCCCACAUUCUCUCCGUUCUUUGCUUCCUUCUUUCCAGUUCCUCUUAUUUUCUCACCAUUUUUCCCUCUGCCCCCACUCCCCCCCCCCCCCCCCCUCCCCUCCAUUGUGUUUGCUUUUAUAUUUUUUUGACAGCUGUGCAGAACGUUUCAAAAUUAGUAAAAGUGCACAAUAUAACAUAAGUCUACUGUACAUUUUAUUUAAUCUUGUUAUUUUUUGUUGGUUUUUAAAAAUAUAAAGUCGAGAAAAAAAGAAAUCCAAAAACA